AAAAUAUUUUACAUAUUUGUUCUCAUUUUAAUUCAAACAUUUAAAUAAAAAAAUGACUUUAUUUUUUCUAGAUAUAUUUAUUAAAGGCAACAAUGACAAAUAUAUUUCGAAGUGAAGAAAUGACAUUUGAAAUUAUUCAACUAACAUAUAACCAAGAUUUUUAAUCUUUAUUUUCAAAUUUUCUUUAUUAACUCUUUCAGUCCUACAUUUUUCUACAGAGAAACAAGAUUUCAAUACAAAAAAAACAGUAGUAGUUCUUAUUCAUAUAGUAAUCUCUGAUGUAAUCAGAAAUAUAUAAAGAUACAUUACAAAUGGAACGUAUACCAAGUCUCACGUUCAAUAUUAUAGGAUAUACAAAAUCACAUAUUUUCUUCAAGACUGUUUUGUGAUUGUGAUAUUCAUUAGAUAGGUCAAGAAAAAUUUCUUAUACUAUUUUAUAAAUGAAAAACAUUUUUCAAACAAUUAUUGAAUAUUUUUGGAAGAUAUGCAUUGAAAAGAUAAAAUAAGAUAAAUUAUUUAUUUAUGAAAAUAAUAGAAUAUAUUUAAUAUAUUCAAUAUUUAAAUCAAAAACAUAACAGUGUUGUAUGACUUACUUUUCUUGAUUGUUAUUUUAGAACAAAUUUCAAUUUUGUUUUUUUUAUAAUUCACAUAACUGUAUUGAUUAGUUUCAUGAAUUAAAUGAUCAAUAAUUUUCGUUAGUAGUGAAAUGUUGAUAGAAUUGCUUUUAUUAUUUGCCAAAGUUAAUAUAUAAUCAACAUGAGAAAUAAGAAAAAUAAUAGAUAGGAUACAUUAGAAAGGCUAACAAAUACAUUGAUCGAAAAGAUUAUGAACAUACAAAUGAAUUUGUUGAAAACGUUUUCUAAUAUACAAUAAAUAGAAAAAUGAAUAUUUUAAUUAUACAUAAUCGAUGUACAAAUUUCAUAUGAAAAUAUUUUUAAUCGAAAAAAAAUAUUGAAAUUUUGAUUUAAAUAAAGAUUUAUUCAAUUGUAUUUACAAUCUGAUGCUGCUUAUUCUUGUAUAUCAGAACUAGGUGAAUUAGGAAUUUGUCAAUUUCGUGAUUUAAAUCCGAAUGUAAAUGCAUUUCAAAGAAAAUUUGUUAAUGAACUUCGACGUUGUGAAGAAAUGGAAAGAAAAAUUCGUUUUCUUGAAAGUGAAGUAAAGAAAGAACGAAUUUCAAUCGAUGAAUCAACUGAAAAUCUCGACGCACCAAAACCACGCGAAAUGGUCGUUCUUGAAGCAAUGAUUGAUAAAUUAGAUCAUGAUUUAAAACAAAUUAAUACAAAUGCUGAUGCUUUACGAAAAAAUUUUAAUGAAUUAACUGAAUUAAAAUAUAGUUUAAUUAUGACAGAAGAAUUUUUUCAACAGGUAAAAGAAGAAAAUCAAAUGGAGCUGAGUAAAAGAAAAGUUUUUGAAAAAAGAUUUGUAAGUGGAGUUAUAUCAAGUGAACGAAUGACUAAAAUUUCACAAUUAAUUGAAGAUUCAAUUACAAGUGAAAAAGUUCUUAAAGUUGUUUUUGUUGUGUUUUUUCAAGGUGAACAAUUAAAAACACGUCAUUCACAAUUAUGUGAUCGAUUGAUUUGUCAAAUGGAUUUAAGAAGAAAUCGAGUUUGUUAUAAUUUUUAA